GGGAGUUAAGUCGCACCACACCACACUAAUGCCUCAAUUGGGCAUUGUCCAUGGCAGUCUCGGGCAACAGCAGCACUGGGCGAAUGAAGUGGCGAGGGACAGGGUGAAGUACCACCAUCGCAUGGACACUGAAGAACAACACCGGAGAAGAGAUGAUGGAGGAGCUAUGGCAGUGACCGUGACCAGGGGGGGCUUCAACAGGCCCGUGUGGUGGUGCCUGGUCCCGGCAGCUAUCCUCUGGCUGGUGGUGCAGGAGGAGGCCCCCCUCUACCUCUCCCUGGGGCUGCCUGAGGUGGGGGCCCGGCUCCUGCUGCUCUCGGCCCUGUGCCUGGGUGCUGCCCUGGGGGUCCUGGCUGUCAAGUUCAACAACCACCAUCACAGUGAAAAGCCACCACAGGUAGAAGAACCCCAGGUGCAGGAAAAAGCAUCUUCUUUUGUGCAUAGUGAGAGAGUGAUGGCUCUACAUAGUCCAAGGAUAACACAGACACCAACAUGCAUCCGGCCAAGAGGGGGCAGUGAGGAGCCUGCGGUCCCUUUGGCCCAGACCCUCACAGACUGCCUGGUGCUGUCCCUGCUCCAUGAACCCCAACAUACCUCCACCACCUUCAGUGUGCUCCCCCUCAUAUCCAGGCUGGAGGCUAUAAUGGCAUUAUCAAACGCCCUGCAGAGAGCAGAUAUCCCGCAGACUCCACAGGACAAUAACGGACAGGAAGAGAACAAGACAGACGCUGUAGGCGAGAGGAUCAAAGGCAUAAACAUAUACCUCGAGGAAAGGGCGGAGGCUCUGCGGCGUCUGCAGCGGGUGCAGGCUGAGUUUGGUGCGUGCGUGCGGGAGGCGGAGGCCCAGCUGAGCAGCCACUGGAGCCAGCUGGAGGAGCUGCACGUCAGGGUCACCCUCAGCCCCGCCCACACACACACGGGAGACACACACACCCUGCCAGACUCCAGCCAGGUGCUCAGGGACACACAGUGUUUAGUUUCCGACCUGGAGCAGUCCAAGGCCAGGGUCCACCAGUGUCAGACGCACCUGGCGGCCAACUCCAAGAUCCUGAAGGAGUUGGACCAUAGCUGGCUGGAGCUGAGUAGGACUGUGAACUCAGAGCUGCUUUAUUCCAGCUGGACAUCGGAUCUGCUGCGGGCCAACAGUGACAAGUUUGAUGAGGUCCUCCAGAGCUUGACCUCGCUGGAGCAGCAGGCAUCCACCUUUGACACCCAUCUGAAGGGCCUGGAGAAGGCAGUGGCCCUGGACUGCCACAGUCUUCACAACAACAACAGCUCGACUUCCAAUGUGGAGAAAGCAAACGGUACUACCCAACAUAUCAAUGGCCCCGUGCAGGAAGCCAUCGUGGAGAGUCCAGUCGCUGAGGAAAAAACAUCCAGACAUUCACUGAAGUUGAAAUCCGGUUUAUUACGGGGCCUGAGAAAGAAAAGAAAAUGAACUUUGAACUUUGGAAUUUUGCACUCCCCGUGUGUGGAUCAGGUCAAGAGUGGAAUAGAAGUUUGAAGAAAGGAUUUUGUGCAUUCCUACAAGGCACUAUUGUAUGAAGGACUAUUUUAUGAAGGACAAUACAUUUUCAUUAUUAUCGGUGCAAUGGAAGUCAUAUUUUUUUCUUGUGGUUUCUAAUGAUAAAAAUGUCCUUGAAGAUUUACUAUUUUUGA